UAAGGGUUUUCCCUGCGCUCCACGGCCGGCGGACUUUCAAUAGUCUGUGCAGUGGCUUGCAGAGGGAGUGGGUGGGUUUAUCUGCCACGGCUUUGUAGAACAGCGGAGGGAAUAGGCGGGUUCUCUGGGAAAGAACGGUUUAUAUAAUACCAAAGUGCUUACUCUAAAGUAGCCCUACUGAGUUCAGUUGGAUUUAUUGCCAGGUUUUUUCUCUUUGCUGGGCGAGAAGGAAAUUACUCUGCUUGAAACCUUCCCAUGUUCAUGUCUAGAUUAAACAUUCCAAUGGCAACAGAAACUGAUUCUCCAAGAGAUCAAUAUCAAAACAUAAAUGAGGUGCUCAGACAGCGUCAGGAAGUGAAUCUUCCAAGAACCACCUCUGUACAGGAAAGUGCCUUCAGAGCUGAUCAUGCAAUGGAGUCUCAGUUGAUAGACCAAAGUUUACUAUCCUCGCUAGUUGGUGAAUAUGACAAACAUCUGGAGGAAAUGAGUGAACAACUGACACAUUGUCAGGUGCAAAUGGCAGACUUGAGGCUGAAACUUGAACAAGUCAUCAAGGAAAAUGAAAGAUUGCACGAAGAACUGAAAGAGGCUGUUGAAAAGCAGUUGGAAGCCCUGCCAUCUGGUUCUGCUUCUGGGGAUGUAACAUUUAUGGAAGAAAACCUAGUAAGAAACCUCCAAGAGCAGUUGCAACUAGCAAAUAAAGAGAAAGAACAUGUACUAGAACUUUGGCAGAGUGCAUCUCAGGAAUUGGAGCGAUUUCAGCAGAUAUACCAGGAACAUAUGACAGAAGCACAGAUUCAUGUUGUUGAAAGGCAAAAACAAAAUGAUCAAUUGACAAGCUUUCAGCAACUAACAAAGCAACUGCAUUUAGCCAAUGAAAAAACAGAGGCGAUUAACCAGGCAUUUCUGAAGACUGUCAUGGAACAGAAUGUAGAACUGGAACAGCUGCACAAGAAGCAGAGGCAAUCCAAAUUGGACUUGAGAACAGCACUUACAAAGGUUGGUGAAAUGAUCAAACUAACUGAGGAUCUUCAGACCCAGAUGAGGAGAAAGGAAGAAGAUGUCCUACUCGCUCAGAGAAGAGAGGAAGCAGCAGAUAAACGCUUACAGGAAUUGCAAUCUAGCAUAAAACAGUUGGAAACAAGGUUAUGUGUAGCGGCCCAAGAUUCUGAACACCUAAGAACAGAAAGAACAAAUCUAGAAGACCAGAUCAGAGAACUUCAAGCAAAGUGUGUUGAUACAGAACGGGAGAAAUAUGAUGCUAUAGAAAAGGCCCGCGAGAGCAUGCAGCUCUUAGAGGAAGCUAACUUGCAAAUGAAUCGGGCAAAGAUAGGUGAGAAACAAAAAGAGGAAGAAAUCAAAAAUAUGAAAGAGACUAUUUCUCAGCUGCUUCAAAAUUCGCUUUCCAAUACUAGAAAGGAAGUAGAGAAGGAAAGAAAAAGAUACAAAAUACAGAUUUCCCGAUUAGAAGAAGAACUUGCAGCACUUCAAAUGGAAUGUGGAGAAAAGCAGAGUCAAAUUGAGCGGGCUGUUAGAGAACGGCGAGCAGUGGAAGAAGAACUUGAGAAGAUAUAUCGUGAAGGCAGAGGAAAUGAAGGUGAUUUUAGAAAACUGGAAGAACUUCACCAGAGGUGUCUGGUUGCUGAACGUGCGAAAGAUGAACUUCAGUUGAGUCUGCAAACAGUACAAAACAAAGUUAGACAAUUGGAAAUGAACUGUGAGGAAGAGCUAGGCCGUUACCAGGAAAUGAUCCAGAAGUUGCAAAGUACUCUGGAUUCAGAAAGAGAGAACUGUGGCUCUGUCAGUGAGGAGCGGUUAAAACUCCAGCAAGAAAAUGAACAGUUGCAAAAAGAAAUGGAGGGUUUGAGAAAGCUGGCCAUAGAGGCACAACAAACUGCAAAAUUAAAGAUAAGUACAAUGGAGAAUGAACAUUUAAUAAAAGAACAUGGGUUUGAAGUUCAACUGAAAGAAAUGGAGGAUGUAAGUCUAAACUCCACUGCUGAGCUAAGACGCCUGUUGAUAGCUCAACAGAAAGCAACUAAUCGAUGGAAGGAAGAAACAAAGAAACUUACAGAAAGAACAGAAACCAGAAUAAAUAAUUUAAAAAGUGAGCUGAGUCGUCAGAAAAUUCAUACCCAGGAGUUACUAUGUCAGCUGGAAAGAGCAAAUGAAAAAGUUAUUGAGAAUGAAAAAUUAAUGAUGGAGCAUCAAGAAAAAGUCAACAGACUUCAAAGGCAACUAAGCCAGUCAGAAGAGAGGGCAGCUACAGCAUCUCAACAGCUCAGUGCAAUUACCAUACAGAGGAAAAAAGCAGCCUCCUUGAUAGACCUGGAAAAUAUUUAAGAGUAAUGUAUUGUUCUUUCCUAUAGUUUAUAAGUUGAGCUGUUGGAGAAGAGCAGGGAUGGAGCAUUAAGUACUAUCAUGCACCAAGUGAUAUGUUUUCUUCUCUCUGUUCAAGCAACAUGGAAUUGUUGCAGAAAUGUACACUGUGGCUUCUUCACAACAAAUAUGAAGAGGACAUUUGCAAAAAAAUACAUAAUGAAUGAAAGCAAAGCCAGAUGCAAAACUUACUUCCUUUUCUUAAUGUAUAAGUUAUACAUAUCAUACUAAACUAUGCUUUGUUUUUUUAAAGUGGCAAACCUAACUGUGGAUUGAAAACUUAUUGUACAACUGAUUUUUAUAUUUUAUACUUUUUCAGUUUUAAUAAACAGGUGUUUCUGGA